UUUCUUUUAGUUUGGAAAACGACAAUUUUAUUUGUCUUUGAAAUUAAUUUGGAAAAAAAUUCCCUCACACGACCGCGGCCUUAAAGUAAAUCAAAGACAACAUAGUUAAGACAACAACCCAUCAACAAAAUCCACCCAAAAUGCAUACUGACGGUUCGAAGGUGUCGGGUUUUAUCAGCCUGUUCGUUGUUCAAAUAGCGUUGCUGCUUUUAUUUUGGAUUUAUGUGCGCUACCAUGAUGGAGCUCUUCCAACAGCAAAAGAUGCUGUUGCUACUGCUGCUGGAACAACAGCAAGUGAAGACGAUGGAUUAGCUGAAGGACACGUUUCCAAGUACCCUCAAUUCCAGGACAUUCAUGUGAUGAUUUUCAUUGGAUUUGCCUUCCUAAUGACGUUCCUUCGCAAGUAUGGUUAUAGCGCAACUGGUUACACACUAUUUCUGGCCGCACUCAUUGUGCAAUGGGCAAUUCUGGUUAAAGGUUUCUUCCGCAUGGAGUCCGGUCACAUAAGCUUAUCCCUGGGGAGCAUAAUUGAUGCAGACAUCGCUGCUGCUGUGCCGUUGAUUAGUAUGGGUGCACUUCUGGGCCGUACAACCCCCAUUCAGUUGCUCUUUAUGGCGCUGUUUGAAGUUGCACUCUUUGCCGUGAACGAGUUCAUCCAGCUGGACAUUCUAAGCAUAGCCGAUGUUGGAGGAUCCAUUACGGUUCAUGCCUUUGGUGCAUACUUUGGGCUGGCCGUCAGUUUGAUGCUGCGACCCAGCAAGGACCAAAAUGAUGCUGGCCAAAACGAGGGGGCCAAUUACACGUCCGAUAUUUUCGCCAUGAUUGGGACACUCUUCCUGUGGGUGUACUGGCCGAGCUUUAAUUCUGUGCUAGCUGUUGGGGCUGGUGCCCCAGAGCGUGCUAUUCUAAACACGUAUCUGUCAUUAGCAGGUGCAACAGUGACUACGUUUGUGCUGUCCGCACUUGUCAGCCAUGGAAACAAAUUGGACAUGGUGCAUGUACAGAAUUCGACACUAGCCGGAGGUGUUGCUGUUGGUUCUGUUUGUAAUUUGCUAAUUGGGCCUCAUGGUGCUUUAUUAAUUGGAAUUCUUUCUGGUGCCGUAUCGGUACUCGGAUAUCGAUACUUGUCGCCGCUAAUUACUGAAAAGCUACGUCUGCACGAUACUUGUGGAGUUCACAAUUUACACGGAAUGCCAGCUCUUAUCUCGGCUAUAGCUUCAGUCAUAUAUGCUUGUUUGGUCACACAGGAUGCUUACAAGGAUUCAAUGGUGGAGAUAUUUCCAGCAAUGAUGACUGAUCCAAGUGAAAUAAACCGAAAUUCAACACAAAUACUUGGGGGUUAUGGAAGAACUGCCCUUAAACAAGGAGGUUUUCAGUUGCUUGGAAUUGUUAUAACCGUUCUAAUGGCCAUUAUUGGGGGAUUAGUAACUGGUGCAUUUUUGAAAGCCAUCAGCAUUAAAAAGCUUGAUAAGGAAAAACAUCAUCUGGAUGAAGUCUAUUGGGAAGUUCCAGACAUUAAAGAACAAUAUAUUAUUCAGGAAGUUGAUGAUUUGGAUAAAAGAAGAAAGGAAUUAAAAUUAAUUUCAACAAAAUUGAGAGCAACAUUGUGGAAACAAUCCAGAAUUGCAGUUGCUUCUAUUGAUAUUUAAAUUGUGUAAUUUAUGAAAAAAAAAAAUGUUGUAUGGAAAAUAAAAAUUUACUUUUUUGAGUUUAUUUUCGUUA